AUCAUGGCUUGAUUUUUAUGCAUAGCAAUUAUGGUUCAAAAUUGGUCCUUUCUAUGAUGCGUUGUCAUCGAUAUUUUGUUCUCCUUUUCAUGUUAUGGUUACUUGGAAAACGAUGAGAUACAAGAUGUUUGAUGACGUGUCACGAUUGAAUUCUUCCAAGGAUGAUUGGGUUAUCCGAGUUAAGGUUCUGUGUCUAUGGCAACAAAACUUACGUGGUCUUGGUACAAGUUUAGAAGUAAUCUUAUCUGAUAGCAAGGGGUCGAAGGUGCAGGCUUCUUUUAGAGGUUGUGCUUACCAUCGUUCGGGUGCUAAGAUUACUUUUGGUGAUUGGUUUGAUUUGAAUGAUUUUAAAGUUUUGGAACAAUAUGGUUCGUGUAAGGCUACUGAUCACCGAUACAAAAUAAUUGUUUUGUAUUCAACUGAAAUUGUUAUAGCGGAUGUUAUGGGAGAUGAGAAUUACAUUAAUUUCGUUGAUUUUAGCAAGAUAACGGAUGGUGUUCAUUGUGAUGAUUGCUUGGUUGGUAGGCAAGUCGUUCAUGUUGGGGAAUUUCCAACUUGGGAUGGUUUGAAUGUCUGUAGAAAAGGCAAUGAUUCGGACAAGGAUGAUUAUAACAGUGAUGAUAUCGACGAGUUGGAUGGUGACGGUGAAUGUGGCAAAGAAUCGUGUGCUGAAGACGUGGUUCAUGUAGAAGAUGAUCCUGCUUAUCAGAUUGAUGAUGAUGAUAAAGUUGAGGACACAGAUAACGACGACGAGUGCAUUGUGAGUAUCGAGGCUAAUGGUUUAGAGCUAGGAGAAGACGAAUAUGAUUUAGUAGAGGAUUGUGAUGAAUGUGACUGUUGCGAUGAAAGUGACUAUGAAGAUGAGGAACAUGAGGAUUUAUGUGAAGUAGAAGACGACGAAUAUGAGGAUGGUGAUGAAGAUGAUGAAGACGAUGGUGAUGAGGGAUAUAGUGAGAUGACCGAGUCGAAGGAAGAGAGUCUCGACGAUUGUGAUUGUGAGACUGUCGAAAAACAAUGCCCUGACAAAGUAGAUGAGUAUUCCAUGUACCAUAAAAAUAUCUUUGACCUUCGUGACUCCAGGGGACCUCUUGAGGACAUGUCACGUUUAAAUUCAACAAAAUAUGAAUGGAGAAUUCGAGACAAGGUCUUGUGUUUAUGGAGACAGAAUUUCAGUGGGUUUGGUAUGAGUUUAGUGAUGAUUUCUAUCCGAUAGGAAGGUUUGCGAUUUUCUAAAAAAAAAUUCCUUCACUCGAUUAUUAAAAGUAGUGUUCACAA